CAAUCACUCAAGACCUUCUCUAGCUUUUUGCAUAAGUUCAGUCACUAAACAAAAGAGAAAAAAAAAAUCAAGAAAAAUCCAUGAAGGGUUCAUUUUGGGUAGCUGCAAUUAUGGUUGCUCUCCUUUUAUUUCCAAAUUCCAUGUCUGCUAGGCACAUAGCUCGGCCUCACUCACGUCAUGGGCGCCAUCUGAAGUCUUCAGUGUUAAUACCAAAGAGCACAAUUAGAGAGGGUGCAGUGGAAGAAAGAAGGCCAAUUAGUUAUAAGAGAAUUAGGGGGCCAGAUACACUCCAAGUGGCAGGGUCGACCUUGCCAGAUUGUUCCCAUGCUUGUGGAUCUUGCUCACCAUGUAGGCUUGUGAUGGUGAGCUUUGUCUGCGCAUCAAUCGCAGAGGCUGAGACAUGUCCCAUGGCUUACAAGUGCAUGUGCCAUAACAAGUCUUAUCCUGUUCCUUAGUUCAUGCUCAUAAGAUUCAAAUGUCAACUAAUUUUUAUGUCAAUUUUAGUCUAACAUAGUGUCCCCUGUCCUCUUUUUGGACCCUCCAGUUUCUUAGCUAGGGAGAGAUUGCUCCUGUUUGUAAUCAGAGAGUUUAUUACUGAUGAUGGUUAAUGUUAUGAAAUUACCAGGACCUGGAAUUUCCUUUUGAUGUUUA